AUGAAACUGUUUGAUGUGACCAAUGAACUGGUUAAGUCUUUUCGAAGGGUGCGCAGCCAGUUAUCGAAUCCAGCCUCCACAAAUUUGCGACUAAGGAUAGUUGGAGCUAGGGAUACAACAUCGCGCCAAUAUGAACUCCCAACAGGGGCUGAGUUAGAGGGUCUUAAGAGGAUAACAACUGUCCAUCCAAAAUAUGAUGCUUUGCAUUUCCCAGUGCUUUUCCCAUAUGGGGAGGAUGGUUUUCAUGUUGGCAUCCCAUACGACCCGGUCCGCACUGCACCAACACUUAAACGUAAAUUUGUCACCCAAUGUGAAUACUAUGCUUUUCGCCUUCAGCAUAGAGAUGACGAGGGCCAAACAUUGAUUCGAGGAGGCAAGGCUCUACAGCAUUAUGUUGUUGAUGCAUUUGCUACGGUUGAGCAGAAUCGUUUGUAUUAUCUUCGCUCACACCAAGAAGAUCUUCGGUCUGAAUUGUAUUAUGGGGAUGCUGUUGGCCACGUAGUCUUGCCAUCAUCGUAUACUGGUAGUCCUAGAUACAUGAAGCAAUUGUAUUUGGAUGCAAUGGCAGUUGUUCAUCACCAUGGUAGCCCAGAUCUUUUUAUUACGAGCGAGCUAAAACCAGAAAUUGUUGCUAGAGUUUUUAGAAUGAAGCUAAACGCUUUGGAGGAUGAAUUACAUCGGUCGCACUUCUUUGGGAAAACGGUCGCAGCUGAAUUGCCAGAUCCAAUAGCUGAUCCCGUUGGUUAUGAAGCAGUCACAAAGUUCAUGGUGCAUGGUCCGUGUGGUCCUGAUAAUCCAUCAAAUGUAUGUAUGAAGGAUGGUUCAUGUUCAAAGUACUUUCCAAAGUCGUUCAAUUCAGAGACAACAACAGAUCAAUUUGGGUACACAGUCUACCGCCGUCGUGAUUUGGGUAUAACAACUACGAAAGGAACAACUCAGCUUGACAAUAGAUUUGUUGUUCCGUACAAUCGAAAUUUGCUUGUGCUCUUUCAGGCCCAUAUUAAUGUUGAAGUCUGUCAUCAGGGUCGCUUGAUCAAGUACCUGUUUAAGUAUAUCACAAAAGGACCUGACCGAAAACAGAAAUUGUCACGCAUUUUGGCGCGUGACGCAGUUGCAGAAACAACACUAACACAGUGGUUUGCCUUGAACCAACAGGAUUCAGAUGCUAGAUCUUUAUUGUAUGCUCAAACUCCCAAUAGGUAUAUUUGGAAUUCGAGGACCAAAAAAUGGUCAAAGCGGAAGAGAGGUUUUUCACUUGGCAGGGUGGUUUACAUUCAUCCUGGGUGCGGGGAUACCUUUUACCUGAGACAGAUAUUGACCAAGAUUCGUGGAGCUCUCAGUUAUGCUGAUCUACGGACAGUUAAUGGUUUUCCAUGUCGAACGUAUCAAGCUGCUUGCCAGCGAUUGGGUCUGUUAUCCAAUGAUGAUGAAUGGCUGCUUGUGAUCCAGGAAGUUAGUCAAUGGGGAAUGUGUGGCCUUCUAAGGAAUUUGUUUGUCUCCAUGUUGCUGUUUUGUGAACUCUCUGAUCCACUUGAGCUCUUCAACCAGAUUUGGGAGCUACUUUCUGAAGAUAUCACAUAUCGAUGUCAGCGUGAGGUUGCCUUCAAUAAUGAUUUAAUUCCGCCUGAACUGCUGAAAAAUACAUUAUUGUGGGAAUUGCAGCGUAUGUUAGAUACCUACUCGACAACGCUCUUGCAUUUCAAUCUUCCAGUUCCCACAGGUCAGCCACCGUCUGGUGGGACUUUUUCCCCUUCUGAAAAUGUUCGCCGUCAUGGGGGUCACGCCGUUCCAGCUUCUUCGCUGCCCACUUUGGAAAAUUUAAAUCCUCAACAGACAUGUGCUUUUCAUACCAUAAUGGCUGCUGUUACUUCUUCUAUGGCACAUCAGCCUACCUUUUUCUUUCUAUAUGGCCAUGGUGGAACUGGUAAAACCUUUGUUUACAGGACAAUACUUGCACGCUUGAAAGAACUUGGUCAGGUUGUGCUUGUGGUAGCUUCUACGGGUAUUGCUGCAACAUUACUUCCUGAUGCAAGCACAGCUCAUUCUAGAUUUAAAAUACCGUUAGAAAUCGAUCAUGCCUCUUCGUGCAACAUUAAAAAGGGUACGCCACUUGCUCAGUUGAUAAUUGAUGCUUCGCUUAUUAUAUGGGACGAAGCUCCAAUGGUGCAUCGGUUGUCUUUUGAAGCAUUUGAUCGAGCUUUUUGUGAUAUUAUGAAUGUUCCUUUUGCUGGGGAACAUUAUACACCAUUUGGAGGGAAGGUUGUCCUGCUCGGGGGUGACUUCCGCCAAACGUUGCCUAUUGUCACCGAUGGUGGAAGAGAGGAAAGCGUUGAUGCUUCAUUGACGCGGUCAUAUCUUUGGAGUUACUGCACUGUUCUCAAACUAUCUCAGAACAUGCGUAUUGUACCUUCCUCAGUAAAUGAAAGACUUGCCUUUAAUGGGAUGAGCUUCAUUGAUUGGACUCUUUCUGUUGGUAAUGGAGAUGUGGAAGGAAGCUCAUUAGGUCUUAAUCAACCGCCUGAUUGGAUACAGAUUCCAGAAUCUCUGAUCAUUAAGAAUGCUGGACCGGCCAUUCAGUCCAUAACUUCGGAGAUUUAUCCUGACUUUUCCAGUAAGUUCCAUAGUGCUGCCUACCUCACUGAACGGUCUAUUGUUACACCAACUAAUAGCAACGUUACUGAAAUCAAUUCUCACAUGUUGGCUUUGGUCCCGGGCAGAGGACAGACAUAUUUUAGUAGUGAUACUUUGCAUACAGAUGCGAGCGAUCCAGCUCGCCUUGAGGCCGAAUAUCCCACAGAAUUCCUAAACAGCCUCUCCUUUAAUGGAUGUUCGGAACACCAAAUUGAUCUAAAGGUUUUCACGCCAAUCAUGUUGCUCCGUAACUUGAAUCCAGACAUCGGACUGUGUAAUGGAACACGGCUUAUGGUAAUUUAUUUGGGCCAUUAUGUUAUCAGAGGGGUCAUUAUGGGUGGAACAUUCGAUGGUAAAACUGUUGCCAUUCCAAGAAUAGUACUCAAUGUAAAUGAUCAUCGGUGGCCAUUUGUUUUGAAACGAAGGCAGUUCCCCAUCCGUCUUUGCUAUGCAAUGACGAUAAAUAAGAGCCAGGGUCAAACACUACACAGUGUUGGUGUAUAUCUCCCAAAACCCGUGUUCAGUCAUGGCCAGCUAUAUGUUGCGAUUUCUCGAGUUAAAUUUGCUGCUGGAUUGCGGUUCCUCAUUCUUAAUGAUGAUAAGACUCCCUUCAAUCAUACUCGAAAUAUUGUUUACAGAGAAGCAUUUAUCAAUCUAUAA